GGUGGGAGACGGUUGGUGAUGGCGGCGGUGAAGCUGGAGGCGGAGAGCGGGGACGAGGGGGACUGGGAGCCAGCCUCCAAGAUCGCGAGGUUACACCCUCAGGAGGAGGAGGAUGACCGAAGCAGGCAUUGUCCCUACCUGGACACUAUCAAUCGGAGUGUGUUGGAUUUUGACUUUGAAAAGCUGUGCUCCGUCUCCCUUUCCCACAUCAACGUGUAUGCUUGCCUGGUGUGUGGCAAAUACUUCCAAGGCCGAGGCCUGAAGUCCUACGCCAACAUUCACAGUGUUCAGGUCGGGCACCACGUCUUUCUGAAUCUGCACACGCUGAAGUUCUACUGCCUCCCAGACAACUAUGAAAUCAUUGACUCCUCCCUUGAAGAUAUCACGUACGUACUGAAGCCAACGUUCACCAAGCAGCAUAUCGCGAACCUGGACAAACAGUCAAAGCUGUCGCGGGCUUACGACGGGACCACCUACCUGCCAGGAAUUGUGGGACUGAACAACAUCAAGGCCAAUGACUACGCCAACGUGGUGCUACAGGCUCUGUCGAAUGUCCCCCCGCUGCGGAACUAUUUUCUGGAGGAGGAGAACUACAGGGAUAUCAAGCGUCCGCCAGGGGACAUCAUGUUUCUGCUGGUGCAGAGAUUCGGCGAGUUGAUGAGGAAGCUGCGGAACCCCCGCAACUUCAAGGCUCACGUCUCUCCACAUGAGAUGUUACAGGCGGUGGUGCUGUGCAGCAAGAAACGGUUCCAGAUCACCAAGCAAGGUGACGCCGUUGACUUUCUGUCGUGGUUCCUGAACGCACUCCAUAUGGCGCUUGGAGGGAACAAGAAGAAAAAGACCAUUAUCAACAGCGUAUUUCAGGGAUCCAUGAGGAUCUUUACAAAGAAGUUACCUCCGCCAGACCUGACACCGGAGGAGAAAGAACAGCUCCUGGAAAUGGAGGAGUUCAAGGAAACGAUGACCGAGUCCACCUUCUUAUACCUGACCCUCGACCUGCCCACAGCCCCGCUCUACAAGGACGAGAAGGAGCAGCUGAUCAUUCCGCAGGUCCCCCUCUUCAACAUCCUGGCCAAGUUCAACGGCAUCACAGAAAAGGAGUAUAAAACCUACAAGGAGAACUUCCUGAAGAGGUUCCAGUUGACAAAGCUCCCGCCUUACCUCAUCUUCUACAUCAAGCGUUUCACGAAAAACAAUUUCUUCAUUGAGAAGAACCCCACCAUCGUGAACUUCCCGAUCACGAAUGUUGACCUGAGAGAGUACCUCUCCGAGGAAGUGCAGGCCGCUCACAAACAGACCACCUACGACUUGAUUGGAAACGUGGUGCACGAUGGGAAGCCGGGCGAGGGAGCCUAUCGGGUCCACGUGCUGCAUCACGGCACAGGGAAGUGGUAUGAGCUGCAGGAUUUACAGGUCACUGACAUCCUGCCACAGAUGAUCACCCUAUCGGAGGCUUACAUACAGAUAUGGAAAAGACGUGAGGACGGUGAUGAAAGUCUGUCCAGUCAGAAAGGAGCAUGACAGGGGUAAAGUUUGAGUCACCCCUGGUACGUGGGAACUGACUGGAGUGCAACUGGAAGCACACAGCGAUAUUUAAAGCAAAAACCUGACUGUACCUUGUAACCUGAAAUGCCUGGAAAGUGUGGAUCGAUCACCGGAAUGUCACAGUGCGUGUAGACUGCCAUGACAUACCUGCGACUGCUGUAUUACUGACACUUAUAAGUUUGCAAUAGCGUCUUGGCUCGCUGAAACAGGGGUGACAUUGCUAUGUUAUUUUCUGAGUCUUGUGUCAAGGAAUGCUGUACGCUCCGUCUGCAAGAGCGACCGACCGAUUUUAUCAUCACCUGCUUGUGGAUCCCUGGCCGAAUUAUUCCCACAGGACAUUAGGAGUCUCGACGUGCCCUUGUUCCUUUUUUUUGUUUUGCUCUUCCACGUUCCUCCGCUGUGGAGCUCCGAGUUGGAAGCCACUUCCCAGUUUUGUUUCAGACGAGAAACGGUACAAAAACUUGUGAAAACCAGCUGUCGUGUUGUAUGGAACAAAGAUCAAGCAUAAUCUGACAAGCACCCUUUUGGAAUAUUAAUUAAAGGCAAUCUUAGGAUUUAGUUUUAUUCAGAUUAAAGUUUGAAAUAAUU